GAAGGUACGUGUAACCAUUAAAAACAAUAAAACUACUACUACUACUACUACUAAUCCAAUAGAGCGCAUGAUCUCCGAUCGUGCCAUUGGGUUUGCCGGCUUAGUUCUCAGCACCGCGUUCUUUCUCUAUUAUAUUGCCUGGAUUGGUGUGAUGCCGCAUGUGGAUCGCUCCCACUUCACCCAGGACUUCUUUCCCCCGUGCGAAUACGGGCUUUUCCUGGCAUCCCUGGUGAUGGUCACCGGCAUCGGGCUUUCCAUCACCCUCGCCUCCUUCCACGUCAUCCUCAAGUCGGGCUACCACAGCCCACCCAAGGCCCACACACCGAUCCGGUGAAGGACGCCGCGGGUUAGGAAUGGGGGACUAUAGGAUUACUUCUGUUGUGGGUAUAGAGGAAGGGGAAACUGCUAAAUAAAUUUCUAAACCCAUCAAUCGAUAGUGAUUGAUACCGAU